AUGAGCAACUACUCACCCUUUUUCACGUUGAGGCAAGAUGCAACUGGAAGGAAUGGUAUAUCACCACUCCAAAAGUGCACCGCAGCUAUUCGACAGUUGGCAUAUGCGGCUCCCGGUGAUUCACUUGAUGAGUACAUGCGGAUGGGUGAGAGUACUGCUUUGGAAUGUCUACAUGAAUUUUGCAGGAGUAUGAUUGCCGUUUAUGGUGAUCGAUAUUUGAGGACUCCAAAUGCAGCAUAUACUGAACGCUUGCUACAAAUGCAUGAAGAAAGACAUGGCUUCCCGGGAAUGCUGGGAAGCCUCGAUUGCAUGCAUUGGGAGUGGCGGAAUUGUCCAGUCGCAUACAAAGGAUACUAUACACGAGGCGAUCAUGGUGUUCCUACAAUAGGAAAUGCCCCACCAGUUCAAUUCACGGUGAAUGGUCGGAUGUGUAUAACAAAGGAUACUAUCUUACAGAUGGAAUUUAUCCAACUUGGGCUUCAUUCGUCAAGAGUUACCCAGCACCAGGAGAUCCGGUCAGACGAAAAUUUGCGCAGAGACAAGAGGUUGCAAGAAAAGACGUUGAAUGAGCGUUUGGAGUGCUACAAGCUCGUUGGGCAGUAG